ACCAUGAAGUGCCAAUCCUAGGUGUGGUAAAUUUGUUUCGUCAUCAUAUUCCUCGCCUGGAUGGCUGUCGGAAUUUGCUGUGGAUUUUUCCCUGUAUGCAUUUGAGUUAGUUUGCGAACUACCCAUCGUGGGUGUCAGUGGACCGUAGGCCAUAACAGUCAGAAACGAUUGCAACCGAAAGGGAUUCGUAGGCCGUCUGUUUGAACCAUGGAGAUGGCGCUGCUGCGUCGGCAGCUGUCACCGCUGAUGGUGGCCGGCUUCCUCGUGUGCGUGGCGCUUAUGUCGCUGCUGGCCGGACUGGAGUUCACCAGGCACAUAAACGCGCGCCGGAAGGAGGACAAGUUUGUGGAGUACACUGCUCAGGUGAAGGAGGUGAAUGCUAUGAUGGAGAACCUCGAGGCACGGUUUGAGAUCAGUAGCCAUGAAAUGCAGUCGCUGAGGAACAAAACUCGGGAGCUGGCUGCGUUGAUAAAGCUGCAUCUCGACAGCAAUAGCUGACGGCUGCGGACGCCUCUGGGCGUGUGGUGGCGGGCCGGGCCCCCGGCCGCCCGUGCUCGCACCGCCGAUGGGCCGGCAGCGGCCUUCGCCGGGGUGAGCUGGCGAUCUUCCGGCCUUGACUGGCGGCCAGCGCGCGUCACAGCCGC